AUGAAACUCUUUCUCCUUUGUUUUUUGGCUACGGUAUCAGCGUUUCCACAGAAUGUGAUUGAUGAUGUUCAUGUGUUAGAGGAUUGUGCCUUCCCAAACAACACUGACACCAAGUUUCAUACCUACAACUGUGAUGAUAGUAAGUUUUUGAAGUACAUAUUAAAUUAUUGUUGGGUGUGGGACGGCAUGGCAGAGUAGGGUAAAGUAGCGCAGUGUAAAGUUUGGUAGGGUUGGGAAGGGCAGGGCAGGGUAGGGUAUGGUAGAAGGAAUAUACUUUUUACAUUUUUAGAUGUACAGAUCCAAGUAAUUGACGCUGUUGUGUUAAACCGGGACACUCAACAAGAGAUCUACCCAGUUGAUGUUAAGGUACCUUUGCUUAUCAAGCUGAGGUCGAAAAACAAUGGUGAUCCGGUAAGUUUUUCUUAUAAUUAUAACCAUUAUUAAUAUUUUUAAAUAUUUUUUGAGUAUUAUAUAUAUUUUUAAAUCAACAUAAAUACGUUAAAAUACGAUUAAAUUGAUUAAAAAAUACGAAUUAAUUGCAGAUUACUUCAAACAAAGUUGAUGUUGAGUUGGCCGAGUUCAGUAAGAGCUGGGUGACGAGGAAGUGCCAAUGGAACAGUGUACCCACUUUUGGAUUGUUGUAAGUUUUUGUAGCGGUAACAGUAUUAUAAACCGACAAAUGUAUAGCAAUAUUAAUUCACUUACUAGCAAUUGCUGUAGUAUAAAAUAGCAAUUUCUGUAGUAUAAUUAAAUUUUUUUACUGUGUACAUUACGAUACUUUGCCUCGGGCUUUGGUUCUGGUUUUACUGCCUUUUGGGGCGCUGUACUGUUGCUUUAGGUCUUAAAUCGAAUUUUAAAUUAUAAAAAAGCAUUUAAACUAUGACUAUUUAGAAAGAACAUUGACGGAUGUGAGUUUGCCAAGAACUGUCCAUUGCAAUCUGGUGAUCUAGAUCUUCUUUUACCUUUGGAUUUGAGCAAGUAUUCAAAGAUCCUCAAGUUCUUGACUGGAAAUGUGAGUUUUUAAAUUAUAUUAGCAUAUUUUGAAAGUCAUAUUUUGUCAUUUUGAAAAUAUGUUACUAAAAAGUUAUUUUUGACAAUUUUACUUAACACGUUGAUCUGUCUUAGUUUAUUUGUUUGACCCAAAGAGUGUCUAUCAUACACAAUGUCUCAAAACAGUGCAUUUUAAGACCUAAUAACCUUAAUGACUAUAUAAUGCUGUUUACCAGAGUAUCAUAGAGUUCGGAACACGAGCAGUACGUAAGACCUUUUGGGACGGUCAACAUGAUUUUAAUUUGAGAAACGAAAACAAUGUGAUAAGGUUAAUCACUUAUUUUUGAAAUGUUACUGACAAGGGUUCGGUUAACACGGAACUUACUUAAACAUGUACAACUACUCGAAUAUCUUACAAUAAUGUCAAGGUUUUGUAUGUGUUAAUAGUGAUCACUAACUAGUAGUUUACUUUACCGGCUUUUAUCAAACCCUUACCAUCUUCUCUCACAUAGCAAAUUAUAUUAUAUAUCUUGUGUAGAAAGGGGAAUGUACAUAGAAAAACUGAGUCUAAUGUACAAUAAGUAUAAUAUAUUGAACCCAUUACCGUGCUCUACCGUAUCUUCAAUUAAGCUGUUUUGUAACUUAUUUUGGUUAAUGUAAAGAACCUAUAAAAACAGGCUGAUUACUCCUGUCUAUGUAUCAUAACAUCUUCCAAAGAAUGAUGUAUACGGAAAUGUACACCUGCAUAUGUGACAGUAAAUAACUAAAUAUACAUCAGUAAAUAGGGUAAUAAAUGUUGUUUUUAGAAGGCAUACCAACUCAAGAUCGUCAUGAAAGACGACAAGAACGAGAAUCGACCAAUAAGUUGUGUUAUGGCGCAAUUAAAGUUCUCUUCUUAA